CAGGCAGUGUAGUAUAAAGUUUAGUUAAACUACACACCUAGAACAAUGAAAAUAUUAAUACUGGGUGUCAUCUGCAUAAAUAUCAUCUGUCAAAUCAAAGGAGAUGCUGAUCCAGUUUGGAGUAGCAAAACAGAUGGUAUUGCUCACAGCUGUGACAGCAGCUGGAAGAAACAGCUGGGAUUUACAUGCAGCUGUUCAAAGCCAGCUGUUGACUGUAAGCGUAUGAAUAUCUCCAAUAUUGAAGAUCUAGAUAUCCCAGAUGAAACUACUAAUUUAGAUCUAUCUUUUAAUAAUCUCUCCAGUUUACUAGAUGAUCUAACAGGGUUCCCUUUCCCAGUAGAAGAACUAUUCCUUUCUCAUAAUAAUCUAGAAACCCUGUCAAACCUAACAUUCUACAAUUUUCCUCUUUUAAAGUUUUUGGAUUUAUCUCACAAUAAUCUAAAAAUAAUAGAACCAGGAAUAAUAUAUCAUCUAUCGAAUCUGGAGACAAUGGAUUUAUCUCACAAUAAGCUAAAAGCCUUUUCUCCAGCAGUCUUUCCAGUAAUAAACAGUAUUCAACGGUAAGUAUUUUUAUUGCCUUAAAGGGGAAUA